CCCAGCUGCACAUAACCUUUCACUGCUAGCUCGCACUCCCAACCGGUCACUCUUUUUAAACAAUUCACGUCUAUACAAAAUCCCAUAAUAAGAAAUUUCACGAACAAAGAAAAACAAAACUCACCGUCACAAUGUCGGACCUCACACAUUUCGACCUCCUCCCCCUCCAGAUGGACCCUCAAUCCAAGGCCAUCAGCUCUCAACAACCAUCGCGCACACUCAACGCCGAGCUCGAAGCCCUCAACACCCUCCACCGCUCUCUUCUCAAUGUCGAUUCACCCACAGGCGCACCCCCUCCUCCCGUGCCCGUCAACCCCAAGCGCACCGCCCAAGUGACCAAGCUUCGCGACUCCGGCAACAACGAGUACCGCAAGGGCAAAUAUCCCGAGGCGAUCAAGUACUACACCCUCGGCUUCCAGAUGGCCAUGCAGCGACCCAUGUGGGAGCCCUCGCAGCUGGUGCGAGAGGAGAUCAGCGGAAUCCUGGCGAACCGAGCGCAGGCGCACAUGGCGAUGCAGAACUGGGCCGAGGGCGCUGUGGAUGCCCAUGCGAGUGUUGAGGCGCGCUGGGUAGGAAAUGCAAAGGCUUGGUGGAGACGGGGAAGGUGUUUGGCUGAGAUGGGAAGACUGGAGGAGGCGAGGGAUUGGGUCAGGAGAGGACUUGAGGUUGAGGGUGAAGAAGGAGAGUUAGUGCAGUUGUUGAAGGAUCUUGAGGAGAGGAUUGAGAAGCAGGAGGCAUGAAUGGCCUGAGCUGUUGAUUGCGAUUUGAGUUUCAUGCGGUUUGGGAUAAAGAGGGGUGGGAUUGACUUGUCAAAUUACCCGAGACAUGAGUUGACUACGAGAUCUGGGGCCAAAAUGGAAUUGGUCUCAGUUAGAGAUGCCAGCAACACUGGCAUAUGGAAUGUCUUUUACAUCAAGGGAAUGCUUUGCUUGGUAAUGGUUGCUAUAGGAGUUUUGUUAAUAUCAAUGCAACACAUUUCAUCGAUUCACACAACCUGAG